AUGUCGACCGAUGUUGAUCAUCAGAAACCCUCCGAAGUCUUAUAUGAGCACACACCGGCUGUCGCCAUAGCUGCAUCAGACGUCUCACUCGACGACUCCAUGUCGACGAGAUCCUCCAGCUCCAGUGUCCCAACCGAGAUGACUGAGCCCCCCACCACAGAUGACAAGAUGGAAGGCCCCAGCGAGACCGAAGUCUCGGAGACUUCCAACAGAAUCCUGGACGUCAUCCUAGAAUACUCUCUCAACAAGUUCGACAGCACCGCAGAACUGCACAACGCCGGCAGGCCCAAGUUCCUAGCCGUCAUCUCCCGCUUCAUCAGGGCACGGCAAAAGGUGGUCAUGUGUCUGCCAGCAUUUCCGUUCAAGUCGGCGAACAAGGUCGAAAAGGUUCUGGGUACCCUCCCGGAUAAAGCCGAAGAAUUGGCACUCGGUAGACUAGACUCCAUGUGCGCCACCAUUGGCCAAUUCUAUGAGCCGGGGGCAGAGCUCACUAUCAUUUCGGACGGUCUGGUUUACAAUGACCUGCUCGGCAUUUCCGACCAAGAGACCUGGCGCUACGGAUCGGCGCUGCGGGCCAUGGCCGAGCGCAAGGCCUUCUCUCAUCUCGCAUUUUCCCGUCUUCAGGAUCUGGUCCCGGUGAAGAACCUGCCCGAUGACCUUGUCGAGCUCUCGUACGUUGCCAAUGCAACCAACUUCCGCCGGACCCUGCUCAACAUGCACGGCCGGGACGGCGACAUCGACAUCGACCACGAGAUUGCCACGAACCCGGACACGCUCAUGACGUACAGGGGGUACUGCCGCUUUCUCGAGUCGGACCUGCAGUACAUCUAUGGCUGCGUGCCGAAGGGUCGCACCCGAGCUUACAAGAGAGAUGUCAAGUAUCUCGUCAAGCAGAUGCUGAUUCGGGGAUACGCAUUUGCCGGAGCCGUCAAAGCACGCUUUCCGAACCAUCUGCGUCUCAGCAUCCACCAGUCAACAGGAGAGCACAAAAUAUCUCUCAGCUUGCUCAACACCAAGACCGGCUUCACGACGCCGUGGCACUGCAGCGUCGCGUUGAUGUCAGAUGGGGAGUGGCUCAGCGCCCUCAUGAGCGACUUCAAGGCCGAUCCCUUGCUGGAGCUCGUCGAGGAGGAUGGCCGACCGAGCUACUUCAAGGAAGUGCCCCGUCAGCGGCCGUACCUGAACGGCAGGUCGAGGUCGCCUGUAGCUGAUAAAGAGGAGCGGCUGGUGGGCCGUAGGGCAAUGGCAUGUGCGUCGUAGAGCCCCUCUCCCAAGCUGCUAUAUAGAACGAAGUCGUGGUUAAGCUUAUAGCUGUCACGACUGUCGCGGCCUCAAGAUGCCUCUCCAUGAAGGGGGCCUGCAC